UUUGCAUUCAAUAUCACCUACUUCAUCCCUUUCCAAAACGAUCAUUAUAUAUCGCAACCUCCAAAUAGCUACACACCAAACAAGAAAAUACACCAUGGCGAACUUCAUCAACACCUCUCUCGAUAUCAUACGUCGACACAAGCAACCGCGACGACCUCAUCUUCAUGCAAGAUGGGGAGAUGUUGGUAUUACUGCCCCGAUCGAUGGGGCAUGGUCUCAAUUCCACAAUCCACACCUGAAAGGGAAGAAAAUCUACGGGCCCGGCUACGUUGCCGGAGUUUCUUCUACGGCCAACAACGACAAUAAAGAAGUUAUGCUCCUUGACGCGGAUGAAUGGACAUCAGAAGACGAAGAAGAAAAGCGGAAGGAAAAAGAAAAGGAAAAGGAAAGAAGUGCUUCAAAAGCACGUCGCCUGACACGCAUCUUACUUCCGUCUAGCAUCAAUACGCCAACCAAAAAGACAGAUGAGCUAGACAAGGAGAAGCCACCUGUCGAGUUUCAAUACAAACCAGUCUGUCCUGAUUAUGCCCAAGAAAUCGCACAGAAGCUCGAUAUGGAAGCGAAGCCUCAUUUUCGUUACGUCCCCGCUAGUGAGAAAUACUUUAAAGAACUUAUUAUUGACUCACCCAAAGCCGAAGAUGGGACAGACGACAAAGCUGUUUAUGAAGGUGUCGAAGGAAAUAACUACUAUAAAACCAUACCGAGACGGCCAACAAAGCAACGCAGUCACUCAUGCGAUCCAUGUGUUGGUACCGAUGCCGAGUUUCGACAAAUACCUCAAUCCAACAAGGACGAACAGGUAGUUGAUGGAAACAAGCCAUCCAUAUCACCACGAACACCUCCUUUAGGCAUAAUGCCUAGAAAAGCAACAUCUUCUAGUAAUAACAGCGCCUCGGGAGGAGAGCGCAGCAGCAAUACCCAUCACCGUGACCAAAGUCGAGGUCGGAUUAAACACAGCCAAACAUUUCCCCAGAAUAUUGUCGUUCAGAGAUCGCAGUCGGUGCUAAGCAAGCCCCGUCGGCGAACAAUGAUACUUGAUAUGGUUGGCGAUCAGGAUGAUUUAUGGUAAUACGAUUUACUUUUGCAACAGAACGACCGAAUAAGUUUUUUUUUUGUCUCAUU